AUGCUACAAAACCGUGACGCAGUUCAAGCGCCGGCCUUCGAUCAUGAGAUGAGGCCGUUUCAAAGCAGAUCUCUAUCACCAGCUCAGGAGAAGCCGACUCUCCAAUACAUUCGACAGUUGCGGAGCGCUCAAUACACCCAGUCUUCUACUACCAGCGAAGUAUUCAUCAUGGUCACGUACAAAUGUGCCGGUUGCGAGGAGCUAUUCGAGAAAGAAGAAGUCGUCUGGCUGAUACCGGGACAACACGAUACCUCUGUGUGCCUUGAACAAUGCGCUCCAAACCUUGCCGACCAGUUUCGGACUGCGAUCAAGAGCGAACAGAUCAGACCACCAGCAUGGGGCGGCUAUUACAUUCCUGUUGCGCAGCUGGAGCCGGUUCUCGGAGCAGACUUCGUCCAGCGGUACAACAUGGAGCUUGAGGAGCGGAAGACUUUGCUAAAGCUGCGUCGAUGCUGUCGUGUGACCGAUGCCCAGACUGGCAAGGAGUGUGGCGCCUAUAUUGGUCAAGCCAAACGCGGACCAACAGGAGAGCCGAGCAAGUACCUCUGUCGCGAAUGCUGGACUGAAGCCUGCGUAAUCUGUGGCGCACCCCUCAUUCCUGAGUCAGGAAACCUGCUGGAUCACGAAUGUUCCCACAUCGAACCGCAAUGUAAAUCAGAGGUCAUUCCCAUCGACGGCGCCGUGCAAGGAGAAGACUACCAAUACUGCCCACACUCGCAAUGCGGCCAAAUCAUCCAGCUGAUGGACGGAUGCAACGCCGUUCAAUGCAUCCAGAGAAGUUGCCAUACUCAGUUCUGUCUCUGCUGCGGCCAGAAAGCUCUGCACAAGUCGAACCACUGGCGAAAGAGACCAGGUGGUUGCCCUCGCUUUGGCAAGAGGAGCGCCAAGUGGGAGAUGUUCGAUCCUGUUGAAGCCUAUCCAGAGGAUCAAGGGCAGCCGGAGAUCUUCGCACCUUGGCCUACUCGAUACUACCGCGCCAAAAAUGCGCGCUUGCGGGUCACUGGACCUGUCUGCGAUCAUGACGGGGCUUAUCUUAACAAAUGCGCAAAGUGCGACGAGGAUGACCCCAAAGCGUGCGGACACCUGAAGAGAUCCUCUGCAGGCCUAUGCGUAGACUGUGGGAAAAACAAGACAGUUAUACAUCAUCGAAUGUCGGUGCAUUGUGGAUGGUUUGCUGAGCGCUUGUCGGCUUACCUGCGCCGCAAUUUCAUCGGCGUACAUCCCUUCAAUUGGCGUGCCGAACACGUGGAAGAAUAUCUGGGCUUUGAGUACACAAGCGUACCUGGUCAAAGUCGGAAGAAGAUCGGAGACUUGGUCUUUACUGCACACGAGGGUAAUCGAUAUGAUCCCCGAUCAUCAAUCGGCUGUUUCCUAUACGACCUUCAAGUUUUGGAGUGGCAGAACCAGAAGUUCUUCGUUGGAUUUCUCUGCUCGAUCCUCAAUGAGUGGGACUGGGAUGGUACUGAGGACCUUGCCGUCUGGGCAAAGUCCCACGGGAGCACCGUCCCCAACGACGCCAAGUUCGUGGAGGAAAGCAGCCGGCCAGGUAUCGAGGUGUUUCCAGAUACGAGUCCAUGGCUGGAUGAGGAUGAUGCGAUUUCGUGGGAGAUUGACUGGAAUCUCUUCAUCCAACAUAUCAGAGACUUCUCCCUAGGGCGGCAGCCAGUCCUGGCAAACUACCUCUCCUGGAUCGAGCCCUUGUCGACUUUCAAGCCGGGUGACCUUAACUCGAUCGACCUGAACAAGUACGCAGACAUAAGACUGGAACUGGAUUUUGUUGGAGGCCCUGACGACGAACGGACGGAUGAUUUCCUCUAUAGAUUGAAAUGCACUAGAUUGAAGAGUCUCGACGGCGAUGAGGGACGGGCGGCAUACGUUGCGUUGUGCAAUCGGAUUAUACCGUUGUUUGCGAACGACCUUCAGGGGUGGGAGGCGUUUGUGCGCACACUGCGCAUCCAUUACACCGCUGAAGCCGAAGCGAUGCCGCAGCCCUUCUUGGUAAAAGGGGAGAUGGUAGUGGAGGAAGUCUUCGUCCUCAAAGCACCAACAGAGGACCAAAACCACUUCGAACUGAUCAUACCGAUGGGCAAUCUCGAUACAGCAUAUGAGGAGCUACAACGCCUACACCCCAACCUUCAGAUCGCGCAGAAGUUUGAUCACAUCCACAAGGAAGAGGAAGACGACAAAGAGCCUUCGCCUUUAUAUCCACGCCGCGAUGAAGAUGUUCACCUUCUACUUUCCUUCGGCGAGGGUACGGGCUCCAGAAACGAGACCGUCAGCGAUGGACACGUAAUUGCCGUCCACGACGCCUGGUACACCCGUAACGGCGGUACUUACAAAGACCCUCCAGCAGCGCCUGAGUUCGAGAACAGGCACAUGUCCACAGAAUACAACAAGAAGAGUGGCAAACUGAGGUUCGAUGGCGACAAGAGGAAGCUGUUCUGGACUUGCGACACAGAUGAGACAAAUGUGCUGUCAAUUUCUAUCACAUCCAUCAAAACAGUGCAAAAGCUCCCAGCGGGAUCAAAACGCGGCCUCAGACUCCUCAUGCACCAAGGCUCCGAUAAACACUACCACACUUUCUGGUUCACAGAUGAGCACAAUGCGGACACUGACCUGUGGAACAUUAAGGCUUUGAUCGAGGAUCUGUCGCGAUGGCAGAAGGCCAAGAAGAAUGGAGGGCAUUUGGUAGAGGAGGAGGCUUGGUUGAAGGAUUCCAUGAAGAGUGCGGUGAUUGAGGGUAGUUCCGUCAAGUUUUGGGAUGCGAUGUUUACGAGGUUGCGGAGGUGGAUUGCUAGGGAGAGGAUGGCGUGGGUUGAUCUUGAUAAUGCGACGAGGAAGGUCAAGAGGGAUCUUAUGCCGCGUCAGAAUCAGGAUGGAGAUGUGUUCGACUACCUCACAACGACCACGGCGCCCUCAACCCAGGACCUCGCGCGCAUCUCGAGUGCAAUGGCGAUUCUCGCAAAUCUAUCAACGAGACUGGCACAGUUGGAGAGAGACAUCAAGCAAGAAGACGAGGACACCCAGGCACAACUCGAAGGCUUGACUGCAAGCAUUACUCGAGACGGGAAGGUGAUCGGAGAGCGACUAGCAGGACUGGCAGCAUGUAUGGCAGACGAGUUUGGCGAAGACCAGGAGGAUGCAGAGACGCUUGAGCACUUCCUACAGCCAUAUCACACAGAGACACAGCUUGACAGCACAUCGCCAGCCUCUGGUAUGGAAGCAGCGCCACCACGGACCAGACGCACUCCUCUAGACCGCCGCCAGCUCAACAACAGACGUCAAGACAGCAACACACCUACAGAGCCUAACGCCACCACUCGCAAGCGCAGAGCACCAGAAGUCGAAGAGACCACAGACGACAUCUCCACCAUCGCCAAUAACACCAAAGCCACUACUCGCAAGCGUAGAGCACCAGAAGUCGAAGAGACCACAGACGACAUCUCCACCAUCGCCAAUAACACCAAAGCCACUACUCGCAAGCGUAGAGCACCAGAAGUCGAAGAGACCACAGACGACAUCUCCACCAUCGCCAAUAACACCAAAGCCACUACUCGCAAGCGCAGAGCACAAGGAAUCGAAGAGACCACAGACGACAUCUCCACCAUCGCCGAUACCAACAACACUGGGAGAAAGCUCAGAACUUCGACGAUACAGCAGUCGAUGGCAUCUUUCGCGACAGACAACGAUUCCGUUGAAGACCUAGACGCCGAUCCCUACACCAUUCCAGAAUCCUCUCCCGAAGAAGAAGUGCAGAUCCCAGCAUUGUCUCGCUCCAUCACUCCAGGACUGCCGAGACCAACAUCGAAGAUGUCGAACAAGCCUUCCUCCCAAUCAUCUGUCAAGUCCAACACCAAAGCGUCCAGCUCAUACAAGAAGCAGCCAGUAGUCAAGAAUACGGCCAGCAUCCCACAACUCGGAGCAACUCUCGACAGCAUCAGAGUCUUUGAACCUCUCCCUAAACACCCCACCAUCAUCAAGAACGCAGCAGGCGACUGGGUCGAGCUCCGCUGCUGCGAAUGCAAAGGCAACUACUCCCUCACCACCAAGAAAUUCUUCAACGGUGUCAACGGCCUACGCCUCCACCUCCGCAAGUCCCAUACUCUGGACAAAGGCGUCCUAACCGACGAGAAGAUCAUCAACGCCUGCACGUUCCGCGAGACGACGAUCGAAGAGGUAUACGAGAUGAUGCGCCAUGGCGGGGCUGGAGACCUGGUGGCGAAGGUCACUUUCAAGACCGAUCACGUCGGGUCCAGCAUGUACACGAAGAGUCGGAACAAGAAGCAGGAGGGGAAGAAUGACUGGGACUUCAUUGCAGAGGAGGACCACUUCUUAGAUAAGUACGGCUGCAUCGUUCGCCACCCAGAUGGCCACUGGAUCGAGAUCUGCUGUCCCGUCUGCAAGGGCAACUACGACGAGAAGGAGGAGGAAUUCAUCAGCAUUGGCAUGUUGGGCUUCGUGGCCCACCUCGAAGAUGCGCAUGGCGAAAAAAUCGUGCAGAGUCCUCGCGAGCUGCUUGCUCGUAUGAAGGUGCGUGAUGUUAGCAAGGAGGAGCUCGAGCAUCUGGAGGUCGGGACUGAGGGUAUGGUGGUGGCCAAGAAUGUCUCUCGCACCAUCGUGGAUGUGAAGGAGUUGGAGGCGCGCGUUAGGGAUGAGGGGGCAUAG